AUGUUCUCCUCCUUCAAACUCAGGCCGAGGACUAGGAGUUUAACGAACUCGAGUAGUGGUUGCGGUGGAGAAAACUCCAUUUUGUGUAGGCUACCAAGGACCCCUGUGGGCUCACCCAAACAGAAACAUCAGAAGAAAAGAAACUCCGACUUGGACCCAUGCCCGAGCAUCGCUUCCUUCCGGCCGGGCUCGGUGGCGCUCGGCAGCGAUCAGCUGAUGCCUGGCGACCGCAUCUACAGCGUGAACGGCAUCACGACGACAAGAAUGCGGCCGGAUGAGGUAGCCACCUUGCUGGACAACGUCGACGGCAACGCCAUGCUCGAGAUCGAGUACUCCUUGCCGAACUACGCGUCUCAGAAUUCCCUAUGCGUGAGCUCCAAGAUAACCGAAGUGACCAUCGAGAGAAUAGAUGGAUCACUUGGUAUCACGUUGAGAGGAGGUGUAGUCUCGGACUAUCCGCACCUUUCCAGGCCACUGGUUAUCACACAAGUCAGACAGAAUGGCCCUGCGUACAGGACUGGCCUGAUCAGAGUAGGCGACCGACUCCUGAAAGUCGACCACCACUCCCUACUGAACAAGACCCUGCUGGAGGCGCAACAGAUCCUGCGCGACAACACCCUGUCCAACACGCACGGGAUCAUCCUGACCACGCUUACCAUCGAGUACGACGUAAGCAUCAUGGAGUCGGUCCGGUAUGCCAACGGGCCUCUGCUCCUGGAGAUCGACAGGCAGCUGGAGGAGGAUUUCGGCUUGGUGCUCACGAAUUGCAGCGACAUCGAAACGGACGAUAUUCUGUCUGCUGGGUUCUACGUGGAAACAAUAAUACCGGCCAGCACUGCAGACAGAUGCGGAGCCCUCUCUGUAGGCGAUCAACUCUUGGCCAUCGACGAUCUCAUGCUGGACAACUGGACGGGAAAUCCCCAGGAUGCCGAAAAGCUGCUCAUGAGGGCGACCAAAUUGCAAAUAUUGCCGACCCAUAUCAUCCGUAGAUCCACGUCGAGAAACAAUUACGGUCAAUACGGGACGAGCCCAGGUGUGAAAGAUUUCAGUACAAUAAACUCCAGACGGUCCAGAACCAACAGAAAUCGUCACAACAGGCAGAGUACAAUACAAAAAUCAUUUGACAAUGAUUGCGGCCUCAACAGUUACUGCGGAUGUCCGAACAAUAGGGGAGUGUCCCAUCCAGAGUCCCUAAACAUAACAUUGACGUCGGAAAGGGGAUACGGAUAUGGCCUGGCUGUGUCUGUCGGAGACCAUACGGAAAACAGAUCGGCUGAUAUUCUAAUUUCAAGGAUCGUUCCUGAUUCACCAGCUUACAGGUGUGGCUGCCUGCAAGUGGGAGACCGGCUCAUAUCCGUCAACCACCAGCCGAACCUGACGCUGCAGGAGAUCAACUCGAUCCUGGAGCUGGGUAACGAGCCCAACGCCACCGGUAAGGUCACGCUGCAGGUGGAGUUCGACGUGGCGGACGCCAUCGUGCCCUCCACGGGCAUAUUCACCGUCAAGCUGGCGAGGAGGGGAGCAGGGUUGGGGGUCACGAUCACAGCAUCCAAGACCCGGCCCGACGAGCCUUUCGUCAUCUCGGAGAUCCGGCGCGGCUCCACUGCGCAUCGUACCGGUACCCUGCACGCCGGCGACCGCCUCCUCGCCAUCGACCACCACCCGCUCGACCACCUCACCGUCGACGCCGCCUUCGACGUCCUGCAGGCGUCGCACGGCGAUGUCGUGACGCUUAAGGUGGAGAAGACGGAGGCUGAGAACGCGGAUCCGUUCUUGGACGGGGUGGUGUACACGGUGGCGUUGCACCGGGGUGGCGGGGCGCUGGGGAUCACUAUUUCGGGGAGCGAGGAUUGUUUGGAUCCGAUCGUUCUGUCGAGGUUAACCGAAGGGGGACUAGCAGCGAAAACUGGUGCUUUACAUGUAGGUGAUAGGAUAUUAGCAAUUAAUGGAGAAAAUUUGGAGCACAGGCCUCUAUCAGAUGCGAUAAGGUUGUUGCAGAGUAGUGGCGAUCGAGUACAACUCAAAAUAGCACGACACUUGAAAGGUACACCAAUUGAGGAUUCUAGAUGUAAUUAUUCUAGUCCAGGACUCAUGAGCGUCGACAGUGCGAUACAUUCCUGGGACAGUAAUACUGGAGAAAACACAAAUGAUAAUGGAACAGAUAUCCACGAGAUAAAAGACAUCGAAAGCAUCCUCAGUGAACCCAUCUCAUAUCAAGAACAUGACAAGGAUUCCACAUCAACGAAACACAAGAAACGAGAUUCUCAACUCCAGUAUUAUUCCGAUACCGAGGAUAUAUUUUGCCCUAGCCCUCUACCAUUGCCCAACUACAGUUUCACGAAUACCAUGAAGUACGAAAACAGUUUUGCACAAUCGCCCAGUAGCUUCAUAGAUAGGUUGCCGGGAACUUACAGCAACGAGAGCAUGUUGGACAACGAGAUUUACCACGUGACCCUCUACAAGGACUCCAUCUACGACGACUACGGAUUCAGCGUGAGCGACGGCCUCUACGAGAAAGGGGUGUACGUUAAUAGGAUCAGGAAAGGUGGUCCGGCCGAUAUUGUCGGAUUAUUGAAGCCAUACGACCGCAUUAUACAGGUGAACGACACAAAAACCCAAGACUUUGAUUGCUGUUUAACAGUGCCCCUUAUAGCAUCAGCAGGAGAUAGGAUAGAACUAGUUGUAGCCAGGAAUCCCUAUCUGAAUUACCCAGAUAAGGAACUUCAAGAUGAUUUAUCAAAGAAGUCAUUUUCGUCUAGCCAGAACACAAUAACAAAGACUUUGUAA